CUAGUAGUUAAUUAGUACAUUGAGUAUGAUUGUAUAUAUAUUCGUAUCUAACUGUUUAUGUGCAUGAGAAUCAAUGCUUGUCGUUUGGAAGUAUUCGUUUCUUAGUUAGAUAAGCAAAAGUAUAAAGUAAUCAACUGAUCUAUUAAUUCGUAACAGUAGUAGAGAUUAGGUUUAUAUAGAAAGAGAAGAAGAAGAGUAUUAAAUAUAAAUACUAAUACUAAUACUUAAACGGAUAACCUUACUUAGUUAUAAAGUAAUUACAUUACCAAUCUUUUAUUGAAAUUUACUAAUUUACUCUAAAUCUGACACCAUAUUCAUGUUAUCUGGAAUAAAAUUGGUAUGCGACACACGACUUGAGUCAUAGCUGAAAAAUUGGAGAAGUAAUCAUCAUUAGAUAUUUACUUAUAUACUUUAAAUAAGGCUUUAAACUCAGUUAUACGUAUAAGAUGUCUUCAGCAGCAGAAACUAUAGCCAUAGAGGCCUCAUCUGCAUUUGGAAUAUUAAAAACUUUAAGUAAUGACGAAAGAUCUUUUGCCUUACAAGCCAUUCAUGAUGGAUUAAAGGCUCAUAAAGAUGAGAUUUUAAAAGCUAAUCGAGUUGAUUUGGAAAAUGCUAUUAAGAAUGAAUUAUCUUCAUCAUUAAUUAAAAGAUUAAAUUUAGAAGAUAAAGGUAAAUUCGAUAGUAUGUUACAAGGAAUAUUAGAUGUAGCUAAUUUAGAAGAUCCAGUAGGUAAAAUUACUUUAGCUAGAAAAUUAGAUGAUGGAUUAAAUUUAUAUAGAAUAACUGCACCUAUUGGAACAUUAUUAAUAAUAUUUGAAUCAAGACCAGAAGUUAUUGCUAAUAUUACUGCUUUAGCCAUUAAAUCAGGUAAUUCAGCUAUUCUUAAAGGUGGUAAAGAAUCUUAUCAAACAUUUAGAGCUAUGAGUUCAGUAAUUUCAAAUAUUUUAGCUGAAAAAACCAAAGUUCCUAGUCAUGCUAUACAAUUAAUUGAACUGAGAAGUGAAGUUAGUGAUUUAUUAAAUCAAGAUAAAUAUAUUGAUUUAGUAAUUCCAAGAGGUUCAAAUGAAUUAGUUCGUAAUAUUAAAAAUUCAACUAAAAUUCCAGUUUUAGGUCAUGCUGAUGGAAUUUGUUCUAUUUAUGUUGAUGAAGAAUUUGAUUUAAAUAAAGCCAUUAAAAUUAUAAUUGAUUCUAAAACAAAUUAUCCUGCUGGUUGUAAUGCUGUUGAACAAAUCUUAAUUAAUUCAAAAGUAUCUAAGAAUCAAAUAAAUUCUAUUAUAAAAUCAUUGGUAGAUGCAAAAGUAAUUGUUCAUGUAACAGAUGAAAUUAAAAAUGAUAUCCUUGAAUUUAAGGAUGAAACAUAUAUUCAAUCAGUUGAAGAUGAUUCUUUCGAUAAAGAAUAUUUAUCGUUUGAAAUUGCCGUCACUUUAAUUGAUAAUGUAGAUAAGGCAAUUCAACAUAUAAAUUAUCAUUCAUCUAAACAUACUGAUUGUAUAAUUACUGAAAAUAAAGAGACAGCCAAUAAAUUUUUAAAAGGUAUUGAUAGUGCAGGUGUAUAUUGGAAUUGUUCUACUAGAUUUGCUGAUGGAUUUAGAUAUGGAUUUGGAACUGAGGUUGGAAUUAGUACUAAUAAAAUUCAUGCUAGAGGUCCUGUAGGAUUAGAAGGAUUAAUGAGUUAUCAAUAUCAAUUAAAAGGUAAUGGACAUAUUGUUUCUGAAUAUGUUGGAGCUGGAGGUUCAAAAACAUUUGUUCAUGAAGAUUUAGAAUAUUAAACUUUUUAAAUUGAUGGAGGGAAAUCAGGAAAAUAGUUGACAAUUGUUUCUAUUUCUUGUUGUAAUAAUCUUUUAGAACUCCAUUGUUUUAUAGUGUACAUAUCAGUUAAAGUUUUAAUCCAUGACAUUCUCUUUUCAAUAAUUGGUAAAUUAUCGUUUGGAUCUAUUUUAUCAACAAGUUUUAGUUCUCGUAAUUUGGCUCGUAUAGCUCCUAAAUUCUCUACAGCAAUAUUUAAAUCUACCCCAUUUAUGAAUUGUUUUUGAAUUGAAUCUUUAAUUAAUUUUGAUAAUCUUGGAGAUUGACCAUUAGUUGAAAUCAUAAUUUGAAGAUUUUUCUCAUUUAUCAUAGAUCCAAAAUAAAAGUCACAGAGAUGAGGUUUAUCAGCAAUAUUACAAUUGAUUCCAAGAUACUUACAUUGAUAAUAGAUAGCAGUUGAUAAUGUAUAAUCAUCAAU